GUUACUCACAGCUAGCUAACAAGCUUGAGUAUUUUAAGGCCAACAGCACUAGCAAGCUAGACAGUUGUUAGCUAAAAGGAUAUUCAGCAGUAUUGCCAUUAAUGACGUUUCUAGUAUCUUAGUAAUAUUACAUUGAUGAUGCACCAUCGCAUUAACGUAUUGCAAGUUACCAUUAACUUUGCUUUGAUACAUCAACUUCAAUAAUCCAGCUGGAUGUAAUGGUAGCGUUAGCUAAAGCUAACGAUGUUAACAUGCCAGUAUCAGCAUCAGCGAAUUUAACAAUGCAAGAAUGAUGAAGUCAGUUAGGUAUUUCAAGUUGCAUCUUCAAAAUAUAUAGGUUUUACUCGUUACAUGUAAACAAGCUGGUUAGUCUGCAAGUAGUCUCACACUUCCAUCAGAUCUAACGUUAAUAAUGUUGUGUUUAUUGUCUAACUAGGCAGUGCGAUGUGAACUUGUAUCUUUCAGUCAAAUACACGACGGGGUUACUAAAGUUCAUGCAUUCAAAGCUAGUGAGCUAGCUGCUGCAUAGCUUGCUGUUGUUAGCGGUUUUGAACUGGUCUGUGUGGGAUGCUUUGCUGCUGUAGUGAGUGAGCGCACCAGUUUGCUAGCUAAUCAGUUUUGGAGGUUGUAAACAUUAUCAAAUGCUAACGUUAGCUGAGUAACAUAAUAACAGUUGAUAGACUUGCUUUGCGAAUAGAUAAGACACCGUUAUUAGCAAAGGGAAUUCGGUCAAUCUCGGAAAUAUUUUGCAUUAAGACAGUGCAGAGGAUCUGACGUUAUGUAAUACUAGCUGCGAAAACCAAUGACCAAAUCAUCAUCAAAGAAGCGUGGUCGUGUUAUGGUUUUAUUGAACUUCAUUCGUUAGUUUCAAAAUGUAGUAUUCCAGUUUGUUGUCUUUGCUAUUUUGGCUGUAAGGCUCUCGGCAAGUUGGAAUUUAUCCAACGUUAGCUAGCCCCCCGGAAUACCAAACAAAAGAAACGGCGCGUGGUUUCCCUGUGUUUGUUGAUGGUGGUAAGAGUAAUCGAACGGCUGGAGUGUCAACAGUGUUGCUCAGCCCGGAGUUGUGUGGGAGAACCUUGGGAGGGCGAUGGCGUGGAAGGGCCGCCUGGAAGCGAUGCUGAAUGUGGGGCUGCGUGUGCCCAGCAUAAUGCUGCUGGAGGUGCUGUACCGCUGGGACGUCAGCUCCUUCUUCCAGAAGAUCCAGCGCAGCAGCCUCAACAACAACCCCCUCUUCCAGUACAAGUACCUGGCCCUCUACCUGCACUACGUGGGCUACAUUCUCAGUCUGGUGUUGCUCACUCUGCCUCGGCAGCACCUGGUGAAGCUCUACCUGUACGUGCUCACCGCCCUCCUGCUCUUUGCUGGUCACCAGGUCUCCAGGGAUUAUGUUCGCGGCGAGCUGGACUCGGGCUUCGAGGGACCUCUUUAUCUGGAGCCAUUAUCCAUGAACCGCUUCACCACAGCCCUCAUAGGCCAGCUGGUGGUGUGCACGCUGUGCUCUUGCGUGAUGCAGACCAGAAAGAUCUGGCUCUUCUCGGCCCACCUGCUGCCCCUGGUGGCGCGGCUCUGCCUGGUGCCGCUCACCACCAUCGUCUUCAUCAAUCGCUUCGCCAUGAUCUUCACCGGCCUCGAGGUGCUCUACUUCCUGGCCUCCAACCUGCUGGUGCCCUACAAGCUGGCCAAAACCGCCUACCGCGAGCUGGUCCAGGUGGUGGAGGUGUAUGGCCUGCUGGCUCUGGGCAUGUCCCUGUGGAACCAGCUGGUUCUGCCUGUGCUCUUCAUGAGCUUCUGGCUGGUGCUGUUCACCCUGCAGAUCUACACCUACUUCAGCACGCGUGACCAGCCCACCUCUCGCGAGCGACUGCUUUUCCUCUUCCUCACCAGUAUUGCAGAGUGCUGUAGCACCCCCUACUCUCUGCUGGGCCUGGUCUUCACUGUGUCGUUUGUGGCGCUGGGCGUCCUCACACUCUGCAAGUUCUACCUGCAAGGCUACCGGGCCUUCAUGCACGACAACACCAUGCACCGUGGAAUGACCGAGGGCAUCACUCUGCUAAUCCUGGCCGUACAGACGGGCCUGAUCGAGCUGCAGGUCAUCCACCGGGCCUUCCUCCUCAGCAUCAUCCUCUUCAUUGUGGUGGCCUCCAUCCUGCAGUCCAUGCUGGAGAUCGCCGACCCCAUAGUGCUGGCACUGGGGGCGUCCAGAGACAAGAGUUUAUGGAAGCACUUCCGUGCGGUGAGCCUGUGUUUGUUCCUGCUGGUGUUCCCGGCCUACAUGGCCUACAUGAUCUGCCAGUUCUUCACCAUGGACUUCUGGCUGCUUAUCAUCAUCUCCUCCAGUAUCCUCACAUCACUACAGGUUCUGGGCACGCUCCUCAUCUACAUCCUCUUCAUGGUGGAGGAGGUGCGCAAGGCGCCGGUGGAGAACAUGGACGACGUCAUCUACUGGGUGAACGGCACCUACCGGCUGCUGGAGUUCCUGCUGGCGCUGUGCGUGGUGGCCUACGGUGUGUCGGAGACGCUGUUCGGCGAGUGGACGGUGAUGGGCUCCACCAUCAUUUUCGUGCACUCCUACUACAACGUGUGGCUGCGCGCCCAGCUAGGCUGGCAGAGCUUCCUGCUGCGCCGCGACGCCGUCAACAAGAUCAAGAGCCUGCCCACCGCCUCCGCCCAGCAGCUGCUGCAGCACAACGACAUCUGUGCCAUCUGCUAUCAGGAUAUGACAUCAGCAGUCAUCACCCCCUGUAGCCACUUCUUCCACGCUGGCUGCCUGAAGAAGUGGCUGUACGUGCAGGAGACCUGCCCCCUCUGCCACAGCCAACUCAAGACCCAUUCACAGCUUGCCAACCCCGCUCACAUCGACGCACCAGCCAAUCAGAAUCCCGCAGAGUUGGGACAAGGUGAACCAGCCCCUGCUGCCCCCGUGGCUCAGGAGGGCAUAGAAUCUGCCCCCGAGGCAGUUUGUCCAGAACCAGAAUUGCCAGUAGGAACAGCCGCCGCCUCCUCCUCCUCCUCUACCAGUUCUACCCCCACCACCCCCAGCGUGGAAGAAUGUCAGGAAAGCAGCUCUUGCUCUGAGCCUGGUGGAGUCGACGGCCCAUCGCCCAACGAGGAGCAGAAGUGCCAGGGUGGUAAUCAGCCCAUUGCCAUGAUUGCAGGCGUCUCUGCCUGAGCUGAAGGCAGCGGUGGCUGCCCCCCCCCCCCCCCCC